UAUUUUAGUUUACAUGCAGUCUUGGUGAUCAACACCGAAGAAAAAUCCUUUGAUGUAAACUUCAUGAAAGCUUUGUAAGAAAAGAAUAAAUGAAAUUAACAUGAUUGUAAGAUGAAAUCUACAAACAGAGAGGGGUGGUAAAAGUAAAACAGUGUAAUGAAAGAUGUUAAAUUACCCAUAAUGCAGUGUGUAAAGUUUCUGUAAAUCCAAUAUGGUAAUGGAGGGCUACAUCUUUGAUGAAGAUGAGGACGAGGAACCAGAACAAAACCAGAAAUUUCAUAUUAGGAAACCAGUCAAACCUUAUAUUUGCUCAACACCAGGAGAUUUUAGUGAAGAAAGAGAUUUCUUACUUGAAAAUGUAUUUCCGAAACUAUGUGAGAUUUGUAAAUUACGAGGAGGAUAUUUCUCACCCGUUGAUAUUCGAUGGGAAAAUGACGAUGAACAAGUUGUGAAUGGUCAUUUGUUAAAAUUACUACUAGAUUACAUUUGUAACUGUUGUCCAUAUUUCAUAUGUCUUCUUGGCGAGACUUAUGGACCGUACCGAUCUCUAGAUGCUCCAAAACUGCCGAAACGAUUUAAGAUAAAUGAAGAUGCCGAUUGGUUGGACAAAAACUACCUUAUCGCUGCUUCAGCAGGUUAUGACUGGGUUUUGCAAGAAGGUCAUCAGAAUACCAGUUUGACCGAAUUGGAAAUAAUUCAGGCUGCCUUCCUAAACAAUACAAAACACUGCCAUUUUUAUUAUCGUCAACCAGAACAUUUGAAUCAUAAAUAUGGACAUUUACCAUCAGACGAGAAAGAAAAGCUGAGUCAAAUUCAUUUACCAGAUAGUGAAUAUGCAGAUCUGAACAUUAGGGAUUUAAAACAGAGAAUUGUUAACAAGGGUAUUCCUGUUAGAUUCUUCAAAACUUUGGAGGAGCUUGGAAAUUAUGUGAUGAAAGACUGGAGUGGAAUUAUUGAAAAUGUGUUCCCUUUUUUGGAGUAUCCAAUAGAGAUUUUAGAUCAAGAAGAAUACAGAGAUUGGGCAGCAAAUGAAAUAUUUGCUGAAGUUCGACGUCAAGUGUUCAUUACCUCCCCUGCUACCAAGACUGCCAUGGAAAAAAUGACUGAAUUUGCUCUCACUGCCCUUAAUGAACCCUCAUAUGAACCUGAAGAGGAGUUAUCAAAACUUAGAACUCACACACUUACAAAAAUGUUGAAGAAAAAAAAAUCUGUUGAAAUAAAGUACAAGUCAAUUUUGUCUGUUUAUGGAGACAGAGGUUGUGGGAAAAGUACUCUUAUAGCUAACUGGAUUAAAAAGUUCAAAUCUGAAAACCCAGAGAUAAAAGUCAUUCACCAGUAUACUGGGUCAUGUUCCAAAAAUACAGACAUUGCAUACUUCUUACGACAGUGCAUUCAGGAAUUACGCUAUGAAUUUCUCAGACAAGACAAAGAAUCAACAGUGGUAUCAGACAAUGGUCGACCUUGGACCUUCCAGGAAGUCUGUGAAGCAUUUAAUGCUGUGGCAUCAUUAGGUCCCUCGGUCAUUGUUAUUGAUGGUUUGGAUGAAAUAGGUGCAACACUUGGAAAGACUAUCAGACAGGUUAAAGAAUUACAGUGGCUGCCAUUUCCCUUCCCACCUCAGUGUAAGAUCAUCUGUACAAUGAGUAGGUCAGAUUUAGUGUUUCAUGGAUUGUCACGGAGACAAGACUGUACAUUGUUAUCAAUGCCAAUCUUCAACACCAUUAAUCUACAAAUGCAAUUUCUCGAAGAACACAUGCAACAGCAUUUUCACCUGUUAAAUAAAAACCACUACCAACAAAUCAACGAUGUCAAACUUACAAAAAAUCCAUUAUUUCUGAACAUAUUAGGAAAUGAAAUAGAAUCUUACAGUGUUCAUUCAAAUUUAGCCGAAUAUCUGGACGAGACUUAUGACAAGAUUUCAUCGUUACGGGAUUUAUGUGUUCGAUGCUUUCAACGAUGGACAAAAGAAUACAGUUGGAAUAAAGAAAGUUUGUAUGGAGACAAUGAAGAUGAAGAUGAAUUAGAGUUAGAGGGUUGGAUACCUGAUACUUUACGAUUGUUUGCUGUAUGCCGAGGUGGUUUAACGGUGGAGGAAGUGCUUGCAAUAUUACAGACUCUUGGUUAUCGUAACACUAGAGAAGUAAAGAGUUACGAUUGGUUGCAGUUCAGAAAUUGUAUUGGCAACUUUCUUCUUGAAAAAGCUAAUGGUUUAUUAGACUUUUCUCACCAGCAUUUAAAAGAAAUUGUGGAAUAUGUUUUAUUACGAGGUGCUAAAAAGAAGGACAGUAAAAAGAACCAAAUGAAGCAGUUUAGUCUCCAUUCUUUAAAAGCAGGUGGUGGAGCUGCUGCUACAUCAAAUGAACCAGAAAAUGAAUGGAAAGAACAGAAGAAGAGGUUCCACAGCCAUGUAGCAAAAUUUUUUCUCAAGCAACCAUUUUGUCAGAGAACCAUUGAGGAGUUACCAUGGCAACUGUUGAUGUCUGGUGACAGAAAAACUCUUGUUCGGGUGUUGACUGAUCCUGUAAUUUUGGAAGGUUUCCUAGAUGAAUUCAAGAAAAAUCCAUCAAACAGGCAGGAUCUAGCAUUCUUUUGGAAUAUCCUGAAAGAUGAGGGCAUUAGUGUUACAACAACAUACCAACAGAUGUUAAUGAAACUUGGUAUACUGGAUCCUGUCGUUUAUGACAGUGAGGAUGCUGACCUAGACGAAAUGAUGUCUAGUAUGUCUACAGAGGAGAAAUCAGACACACCCACUAUACCUAUAAUAAUAACAACACCAGCACCAGAAGGAGAAUUAUCUAUCAUUGAAGAAACAGGCAGUAUACCAGACAGUGACCUUCAAAAGGAUGAAAGCACAAAGAAAGAAAGUGUAUCAAAAGAUGAUGGAAUUGAUACAAUAUUCUUGACAGAAUCAAAACACAAACAUGUUGAGAUACCAACAAAAGAUGACAAGAAAGCAUACCCACCAUUUGCCACAAAGUUGUCAUGGUUAGUUGCCUUGUUCAUGAAAGACAUGGGGCACACUGGAGCUACAGAAGAUAUUCUUACAUCACUCAACAAUAAACUACAGACGAACUACCCAUUGACUAGAGAUGAUUUGUUUUUACAAGCCAAAACACAGGAAAUGUUAGGAAGAUUUUGUCAAGACAAGGGAGAUAAACAGGAAGCAGAAAAAUGGUUUGUUAAGUCCCUUCGUAUCGUCAUGGAUGCUAGUGAUGAAGAAGAAGAAACUGAAUUAGACUUGGAUUUACUUAAUCUAAAAGGUUGCCUGCUCAGUCAUCUUGGUUUCCUGAGAAUGAAGGAAGGGUUAUAUGACAGUGCAGAGGAUCUUCUAAAGGAGGGGCUAGAGUAUGUUAGGGAGUGUGGUAACAUGACUGCCAGGGCUGAUAUACAAUACAACCUAGGACUUCUAAGGACACAGCAAUCAGACUUUAUAUUGGCAGAGUCCGACCUAAGACAAUCUCUGUCAACACGAGAGCAGUGGUUUGGUAAUGCACAUCCAUUGGUUGCUGAUACUUUAUUUGCUUUGGCUGAUUUGAUGGGAAAGAAAGACAGCUCAAAAGGAUAUGACAAAAUACGUGCAGAAACUCUGUAUAGGAAGACAGUAAAGAUCAGGGAGGAUUGUCUGGGAUCUACACAUUUAUCCGUCGCUGACACAUUACUGGCUUUAGGAAAAGUGUUGAUGGAAGAAAUCAGUUAUGGUGCUAAAACAGAAGCUGUAGGCUUACUUAGAAGAGCUUUAGACAUAAAGACCACAAAUUUAGGAGGUGAUCAUAUUGACACAGUGUCUGUACGUAAUUACCUCAAAACAUUAGAAGUUACUUUAAAGAUGGGUAAAUAUGAGUUUGGUCCAGCUAAAGAAACAGAUGUCCGCACCGUUGAAAGACCCUUCAGCAACAUGUCUUGGAGGGAUAAUGACCUGAAAAAUCUGGACAAAAGGUCAAAAUUAAGAUCAUCAGCAAAAACAAGAAGUAGAGGAAGUUCACGUCCAACAAGUAGAGAUGAGAGGAGUCUUCAUUCAAUGAGCAGGCUAAGCAGUGCAAGUCAUAUAACAGCAUCAGAAAGGUUAAUGAUUGAAACAGAAAGACCUGCCCGUCUGCUAAAUAGAGAAAGUGUCGAAAGACGUCUCAAAAUUGGAAAGCAACUUGUAAAUGGCUUUUCAGGUAUACCUGAUUAUGGGAGAAGUGUUAUAGCGGAAGACAAAGAAAAUGAAGAGGAACAAGAGAGAAGGCAAAGUCCAGAGCAGCAGCCAAUGCAAGUUCAAGACAAUAUCAUUGACAGUUUUGGUGUUGAUAUUGCUAGAAGUGAAGAAAGUCCUGCCCAGAAAAGAACACAGUUUAUGCCACAGACCCUGGAAAGUGGCCCUGUUAAAUUAUUCAAAAGAUUUGGAAGCGCAGAAAGUUCAAGAUCAUCAAAACAAAACGUCCGACCUCCACGAGAAAGCAGUGCAAGAAGUGCAAGUUCCUAUGGAACUAGUUAUCGGACAGGAAGUAGCUUAAAAAGUUACUCGUCAAAGAAGGAUACAAAUCCACAUUCUAUAAAUUUAAGUAAUACAUCCACAGUUACGUCUGGGCCUAAUUGUUCAUUAAGCAGUUUACUUGGUAAUUCUAAAACUCCAAGAGAUAUAUCUAGGAAAGUCCACCAUAAAUCUGCGUGGUAUCAUGUUCCAGGGCGUUACUUCACAGAUGAAGAUAAACUUCCACCAAAACGAUCACAAAAAACACAGGAUGUCAAGGCCAUGAUGAGGCGAUUAAAUAUGAACACUCCACCAAAAAUUUUUGCGCCUAGAAAUGGUGCCACUCCUACUAAAUUCAAGAAACAUAAAUAUUUCAAUGAGUCUCAUAUGAAUGAGGAUAAUUUUGGUCCCACUGUAAAAGGUAUUGGACCUGUAGCUUCUGAAGCUUAUUCAAGUGAAUAUAUAGAUGAUGUUUAUGAAAAUCCAGGUUCUACUGUUACUUUUAGAGGUGCUUAUAUUAUGGAGUAAUGUUCUUUCUAUGUUUAGUAAAACAAAAUAUCUUUGUCAUUUUCUUCUUUAAAGCGGGUUUUCUUUUUGACAGUCUCUGUAUUCAUCUUUUUUGUGAUGCUAAAUGUUUGAAAAAAUGUAACAAUUUUUUUUACCUAUUUCUGAGAGCAAAUUAGUUGUAAUACACAAAUUCUUUAAAUUUAUUUAAAAAAUUAGCAUACUAUGAAAAUAUAUUUUCUUAAUACAUAUUUAGUUGAUGAAAAUAAUGCAUUUGACAUUUUAGUGGCAAAAGAGAAUAUCCUGCAACGACUCGUUUGUGAGCCAUUCUAUGGUUAAUAUGAAAACAAAUCAUAUUUCAACUUUUCAUACUCUAUACAUUUAUGGUCAAGUGAUACCUAGUUGUCCAUGUAUCAAACUUCCAGGAUUUCCUUAGUGCAGAGGAAACUCGUAAAUUUUGAAUCAUUAUUUAAAAAAAAUUUCCUUCUAUCUAUAAUUUUCUGUAAUUUUUUAUUCAUUUUAACCACAUUAAUAGUCAUUACUUUGUUCUAUAAACCUAGUCAUAUUGAAAAGCCAUCAUUCCUAUUCUAUUCAGACUUAAACUAAUUUUAUACAUUUCUAGAUAAUCAUGAUAAUUACAAAAAUGCCAUUGAAAGUUCAUAUUCAAAGUUAGACUGUUCUCUUGACCACAUGUAAUUGUGACAGAAUUUGAAUGAAUUUCUUGUUUCAAUCAACUAGAGUAAUGUUUUAUCAAGCUCCAUAAAACAACUGUCAGCUCAACAAAACAUUUGCCAAGUCAUUAUCUAGCAAUCAAAAUUUGUCAGUUUUACUGAGAGAAUUAGUAACAUACAGUACAACUACACAUAUUGAUUUGUAAUCAUGUGAUAGAGUUUCAGUGGUAUUUUUGAACCUUGUGUAUACUUAAGGGGUAUGCUCAUUGUCAGUUAAUAAACUUCAUAAAUGUACAAGAAAGGUUUCCAAUAUCAACUCUGUUCCUUGUAGAAUGCACAUUUAAUAGACAUUCCAUUUAUAAAAAUUUCAAUGUUUAAUGUUUUACACCUUUUUGAUUGUGCACAAUUAUUUUUUUUAGAUGAUGAACAAAUUAAAAUUAAUAUGAAUGCAAAAGCAGAAUUCUGUAUAAUCCUUUAACUGCUUAAUUUUUUUCUAAAUUACAUUUAUGUAUUUUUUCCUGUGUGUAAAUGUGUAUUGUAAUGUGGAUUUAUUUUCUUGUAUUUGACCUUUAUCCUGUUGUAAAAACAUGUACUUAUCUACUCUAGGCGAUCUCUGUUAGUCAGUAUUAGUUAUAUGUAAUUUUGUUAUAUAUUUAUGGUUGUUAUGCAUUUUCCAGGGGAAUACUUGUUCUGUAUAGAUUCUCUAUCAAUUCGGUAAUAUGAAAAGUUUGAAAAUUUGACUGUUGAUAGCCAAACCUGCAUAUAUAAAAAACGGGAUCCAACUUAAAUAGAUUUGUGUCCCAUAUAAGAACUGUCCUUUAUUUAGAGAUUCAUGACAAAUCUGAGAAAAAAUGGACUGAAUUUCAAAUACUUUGCUAUGAAAUUUUAUUUCAAACGUACAAGCUAUUUUAGUUAAUUGGGUUUUUUAAUAUGUAUUUUCCAUUUUGGAAGAAAUAUUGAAUUCUUUAGAAAUUAAAAAAGAACUGACAUUAAUUAGAGUCAUACCAGAAUAAAAAGAAUUUUUCUUUUUCUUGCCAAAAAAAGUUCAACCUUCAAUGUUCAAUGUGAAUUCUUCAAGAUUGAGAUCAUUAACUUCAACCUUAGUACAAAAACCAAAAAGUUAAAGUCUUUCUGUUAUAUUAAAAGUAUGUUGAUUAUGACAUCAUGGCUCCUGACCAAACUGUUUUUACUUUUGUGUUGUCUCCACCUUGAUACAAAUUUAUUUGAAAAAUUAGGCCAAAUAAGUUUUAUCAGUCUACAGAAUACUUGAUUGUUAUUAUUUAACUUUUACACCGAGUUGCUUUUAAGAAAUGUGCUUCCAAUAUAUAAACACACGAGAAUCUUAAACAAGUGUUUCCUGCAAAAUGUAAUUUCUCUGUGAUACUACUUACUUGUUAAUGUAUUUUUUAGAACUUUUAUAAUUAGAUAAAAUAUCAUGAAUUAAACUUCUAAGUAGUUAGAA